AUGGACGUGUCCAAUUCUUUUCUAGGAAUAUUUGCGUAUCUUAACUUCUGUGUUCCUCGAAAACGGAGAUACAUUCUAGAACUUUUGAUCAGUGGACUUCAGAGACUGGAGUAUCGAGGCUACGAUUCUGCAGGUCUGCCUUGACGUUUAAGCUAUUGUGUUUCAUUUUGAUCUUUUGCUGUAAGCUUAAAUAAUAUUUCUCUCAAUAUUGACGUACUUUAUUAUUCUUUAAGGAGUGGCAUACGAUGGGGUUGGAAAAAUGAGGUAAGUUUAUAACUUGAAUACGUUGUUUUACAUGUUGUUUAUAUUGUUAUAUUCAUGGACUAUGUAUAGCAACGUACAAUCAUUGCUCAGAUUUCGAUUGAUCAUCUUAUCUUUAGCUCCAUAAAAUCAUAAAUCGAUUUGUAGGUGUGACUUGGGUUAGUAAAGGAACGAAUUUUGUCCUUAAAUCCUCAGAACACUAAAUCGAUGAACUAACCUUGAGCGAGUUUGUUUAAAAGUUUCUCGAUAUCAUCUUUCAUGUUUAUUCAUAAAUGAAAUUGCCAACGUGGAUUUAAUUUACAUUAAUUUUUUUUAUAUUACAAUAUCCCAGUAAUCUUGAUGUACUGAAGAGAAAUGUAUCUCGUGAUGUGUGUCGUGUUUUUUGUUUACUUAGUCCGGUCACGAUGUUUUUUUUUUCUGAGAAUCACAGGAAAUCAAUUAGAGCCAUUACAGUGUAGAGCACUUGUAGCUAUAAUUGUCCUAUAUUGGAUUACAAAACUAAAGUAUCGAUGCAUGGCCAAUUAACCAUAAAAAAGUUCUUUGAAAAUAGUUGUAUUAGAUUCAAACAAGGUAUUGAGGCAUGGAUUUAUAUGUUUAUAAACACUUCUCAUUCCCCAAUGUUUCAUAUUGAUGUUUACAGUAUUGAUUACAAUAUUGUAUUAAGAUAUGCAUGUUUUUCCUGUUAAAGCAACUUAUUCCCCAAAGAAAUUGCAAUUUGAGUACUCCUCUGCUUAGCUGUUAUCCCUGGAUGAAACUGGAAUAUUUGUUAAUAUUAUUGUUUAAAAUCUGCUCUUGUGCAACUUUUUUGUGCCUUUUUUUCCUUACCUUUGUAUUUGUUGACUUCUUUCUGGAAGCAAAGCGGGGUGUGGUGAUGUGCUGAGGCCCAUCCAAUAUAUGGAUGUGUCUUUCUUGUCCCUCCUGUAACAAAACUUUUUUUCAUUUGCAAAGGCAUAAUGUGAUUCAGUAGGGGGGACUACUGUUCACUGGACUUUUCGCAUUGUUUUAAACAAUUCUAUGACUACAUUGAAAGAGUUGUUUCCAUAUAAUAAUCACUGUAUUAUUGAUUGCUGAACUUUUUUGCAAUGUUGUAACAAUUGCAACAAACAUAGUGAUCAUAUGGAAAUCAGCCUUAAAUUUAUCAAUCCUCUCAAGUUGUUUUGUUGGCUUUGAAGUCAGGAUGGCAGAUUUUUUGGCUGAGCAAACGGAUGAAUUUAGGUUUCUAGGAAACUGCCCACCUACCCCUCCCCUAAGUUAACAUUAACACUUACUUCUCACUUAAGGCAAAUGUGCAAUCUGGACGCCCCAAAUUCAAGCCUGCGCUAGCUGGGUUUGUUCACCAUAGUCUCAAAUUCAAAUCCUUGACCACGCUUGUAAAUAGAGGUCCUGCCAGGGUAAAUUCCGACAAGCGACAUGGCCCAAAAAAUAGCGGCAGCACGUAAAAUAAAAUCGCCACAAGAGACAACCUCUCUUGGCCAAAUUGCGACAGUAAUGGCAAAGCCGACAAUAAGCGCAAGCAUUUAUAAAACACCGACAUAAGACAUUUUAAAUUUCAGACUGGUGACAUGGUUUCCCCCCCCCCCCCCCCCCCCCACCCCCCAAAAAAACAAAAAAGGUUUCCCGCUUUUUACCUCUUUUUUUUUUUUUUUUUUUUUUUUUUUUUGUGUGUUUCACCCCCCCCUGUUUUUUUUUAAAAAAUUUUAUGUGGUUAAAAGAGAGAAAUAUAAAUGAGAGUCUUUUUUUUUUAUAUUUUUGUCCCCCCCCCCCCCCUGGCAGGACCUCAAAAUAGCCAAAUGGUUUGCCUUCGGUUAACCUUGUUAUGUUUUUAUUCCAUUUAUGCUGUUUAGUGAGUUCCACUACCCUUUGUGUUAUUAAAAAUAUUGCUAAGGGUUAAUAAUGGAAUCAUUAGAUAGGACUUUGUUUUUGUCAUAUUUAAAUUAUAAUUUUUUUUUAGCAUUGUGAAAAAGCGAGGAAAAGUUGCUGCCCUGCAAGAAGAAAUUCAAGGUAGAAAAAGUCAGUACUCAGGGGUACUUAUUAGCUAUUAUCAUUGAUACUUUUACUUCAAUUCUUGCCAUAAUCCUGUCUAAAAGCUGUCACUCUUAAACACCUGAAAGGUAAUUUACUUUUGUUUGUGAAGAAGUGAAGAAUAAAAAUUGUUUUCUUUCCACCAUUAACUGCAGGCCAACUUGAUUUUGAUAUUGAAGAAGAUUUAACCUAUCAUUGUGGUAUUGCACAUACGCGAUGGGCAACACAUGGAGAACCAAGCGGUGUCAACAGUCAUCCUCAGAGGUCUGAUCCUCAAAAUGGUAAGAUAUCAUUUUAGUUCCCACCCUUGCGGUAAAUAAUAUUAACUGUAUCUAAGUAUAUGGACACCUUGGCAACAUUAAUUUUAUCAUCAUCAUCAUUUGACUUAAAGACAGUUGACUGUAAGAUGUCUGCUUAAUGGGCUUGGUCUUGGGCAGUCUGCACAAUGCCUUUCUCUGAGAAAUGCUUAUUGGGGUCCAUCCACCCCUGGACUUGGCUGAAAAAGGACUUCUGUGGUUCCUCUGGGUGUUUUUUCCCUUGGGAGGGCUCAUUCAAUACAUAGAUGUCGGCGGGUUUAUCCUUUGAUCUCCAUUUGCAAUAUGUGGCCAAAGAACUUGAGCUGUCUUGAGAUGACCAUCAAUAGCAAAGGGCUAGUGCCAGUGAGAUUGUAUUACUGCAAAAUUAUGAAAAUAAGUUUUUUAAUUUAUAAGUCCUUCCAAAUACGAAGUCCAGACUUAUUUUUACGGCUUUACCCUUAAAUGUAUACCAUUCCCUGGUUGUUCAAGUGUCGGAUGGCUCUAUCCACCGGAUAAAUCACUGUCCAGCGGAUUAGUAUUGGGAAAACCAAUUGCAUUAUCCAGUGGAUGGGGAUUUUUCCAGUGAAGAGCAUUAUCCACCUCUUGAGCAACUGGGCCUAGCCCUUUUUAAUAAACAAUACUCUCCAUUUUUUGGAAUUUUUCAGUAUGAUUAUAUAUGUAUUUACAUGUUUGACUUGACACUUUUCAGUCUAUUUACAUUUUAAAAACUUUUUUGUAGAAUUUGUGGCUGUACAUAAUGGAAUUAUUACAAACUACAAAACCCUGAAACACUUUUUGGUAAGUAAAGAUAUCUAGUUACAAAAUUCAAGAUUAAAGACUAAGAACUCAAGUUAUUACUAUUGCUUUCAUCUAAGCCUGACUGCAUUACAUCUGCAGAUAGCGACCUUUGUAUAAUGGCAGUUUAAGGGGAAUGGUGUCAGUGAAAAACAAACAUUUUUGUUUGCUGACGACUCUGUCCUACAGGUCCGAUCCAGGAGUGGGGUGGGGGGGUACACUCCACUGGGGAGAUAGGUUGGCCUUGAGUCACACUUUUGUCACGCAUGGAAGUUGAACGUCGAGACGAUAGCAGAGCAGUGUUCCCCUUUUAAUGACAACAUGGAGUGUUCUCUUUUCUUUGUACUUAAGUUUAACACAAGGCUGUGCUCUAGCAGACCCCCGUGGCCCCUGGUACCUAACUUUUGCUCUUGAGCGACUAGAAAAUCUUCCUUCUUUCACAGAAUCAUAUGCUGGGCACCCUAGAUUUUACAGGUUCAGAGAACUGGGCUCCCUUCAAUGUUCCUUAGAGCUCAGCCUUGUAAUAUAGUAUAGGAAGUGCUUCAUCAAUUUGUGAUAACACAGAAACGGCAACAUUUAUUUGAUAUUUUUAUAGAUGACCAAAGGAUUCAAGUUUGAGUCUGAAACAGAUACAGAAGUCAUUCCCAAGCUGGUCAAGUAUUUCUAUGACAAAUCAGUAAGUUAGUUUUGCAGUUCCCACUCACUUUCUUUGUGACUAUCACCUGUGAUCUCUGGUAUGUUACAUGUAUGUUGGAUCAGGAUCUUGAACAGCCAAUCAUUAUCCUGGACAAAACGACAAAUAUAUAUUUACAUGCUAAUCCAUUUUGCAUUUGGCAUUGACGAUUCAAUCCUCAACCAUCCAUGACUGCCUGGCAGGUACAAAACACAGGUCACAGGUCACAAGUACAGGUCACUGCUCUAUGUAUUUUAAGAUUAGUGUGUGCAAUUAGUAUUUUUAUUUAUUAUUAUUAUGUAUUUUUUGAUUAAUGUCGUCAAUUAGCUCUCUUAUCUUUUGUGCAGCUAAAUACAUUUGACACUUAAAUAUAAAAUAACUGAGAUACAGUAAGCAGUUUCCCCUUAAGCUAAAACUCUAUUUCGGAUUGUGAUUAGGGAUAGGAGACACUUUUAAUGACAUUUGUUUAUUUACCAUAGCACGGUGAUGUCAAUUUAUCCUGUGGCAGUCUGCAUUUUGUACCUGCCUUUGACCGCCUAUGAGGAACUAUUUCCCUUGUACUACUUGUGACAUCAUUAUUUUAAUGAUCACGGACAGCAAUGGUGCCUUAAUUGUCAAGGGCCAGGGCACUUAUAAUAUGAUUAUCCUCUGAAACUGAUAUAUAUAUUUUUUCUUCCAACAGAAGAAAGAGGGGAAAGAUUUAGAGUUCAGGGAACUUGUGGAAAUGACAAUACAACACUUAGUGAGUGAAUUAUAGCAUCCAUCGGUCCACAUUGGAAGGCAAAGCUUAAGUUGAGAUAAACUCUGAGAUUGAUCUCUAAAGCUACAUUUGUGUUAACAUAUAGUAAACUCUAUAUGCCAGUUUGCUUAGCAAAAACCUGUUUUUUAAGUCUUCACUGUUAAGCCUGUCAAAUAUUAUCAAGCAUCUGUGCAGUCAGGAAUAAGACUAGUUCAUAAAAUAAAGUGAUUUUAGUUUUUUUUCUGUGUUUAAUAGGAAGGAGCAUUUGCUCUUGCUUUCAAAAGCACAAAGUUCCCUGGUGAAAUUGUGGCCACCAGGUUUGUAUAUACUGUAUUUCAUACAGAGAGCUUGACCUUAUCUACAUUUUAAAAGCUGUUUACUUUGUUUCUUUGGACCAGAAAAAAUGUUUCAAUUUAUAAAAUAUACUUAAGAGUUUAUUGUCAUGUUAGGGUUUUGCUUUUAGUUGGCCUUUAACAGACUGACAGUUUAUAUAUACCUAAAUUAUAAGCAUCAAAAGAGUGUAUCAAUGAACAUUGUACAUGGCGGAUAUAUGAGGCCCUCUUAGGCGGGGUACAUAUGUCCCCAGUCUGAAUUUCAAAUACAGUCAUUUCGAGCAGUAGGCCAUGCAUCUCCCUGUCAGUAUGUAACCCAUCUUGAUGUCAUUUGUCGCUAUUUCAUAGUCUUAUGUCGAUGCUUUAAGGCCAUGUCGCUUGCCUGAAAUUGUAGCCUAAAUGGGCCUCAGAUAUGAUUUUUUUAUUUUCUUUUUGUGAAUGUAUAAAGGCGAGGCAGUCCUCUACUCAUUGGAAUAAAGAGUGAAUGCCCACUCAAGACAGACCGAUUACCCAUUGUCUACAGCUCAGGUUGGUAGUUUCAUGUAGCGCCCAAAUAUGUUAUUUGCAGUCAGCAUUCAAUACAGGCAUCAUUUGAGGCAUUUUUUAUCUUGACUAUUGGUUGAUUGCAUUGCCAAGCAACUGCCGGAGCAAAGUUUGUAGAUAGAAUGACAAUGUCAAGGUACCAGUGUAGAGAUAAUGAAGCUGUUUGAACAACAAGGAACUCUUUGGUUUGCUCAAGUUAUGUGUAAUAGGGAGGACACACUGAAUGACAUUAAUUUUAGAGCUUUACUUACACACUUUCUUAGUACAACAAUUCCUAUCAAAUAACUUUGUUUUGACUUGGGAAUACAGUAUACUGUUUUGCCUUGGCAUAGACAGGAAUUCAUUUCUCACUAAUUUUUGCUUCAAUUAUUUUUCCAUAAUUUUCUAAAUGUAAAACUAAAAUUCUCUGCAGCUGAUGAACACAAUGAUGGUCCUAAGUCACCAGUUGAGCAUAAUGGCAUGAUGAAUGGCUGGUCAAGUUUGGCCACAAAUAAGGACAGUCCAAUUGAAUUUUAUUUUGCAUCAGAUGCGAGGUUUGUUUUAAAUUAAUGGCAUAUAAUCAUUUUCAUGCAUACAUUUACAGGUUGCAUUAGUUGAGGAGAUAUUAUAACGCUAAGUAUCGAACUGAAACUUGCAUGGCGCUAAUGAAUUUGACAUGGAUGAGUCUCUGCAUGGUUUUCUGCAGAUGAUGAUCAUCCUUCAUUUAAUUCUUCACUCCAUAGUUCACAUAUAUGAUUUUCAUGUAUUCAUAAUUUCGAUGUCAAUUUUGUUGCACCUUUCAUCUGUUUUUCAAGCAAAAUCAUCCCAUACCAAGAAUUGUGUUGCAUAGUAAUGCUACUGGCAAGCUCAGUGCAACCACAAUAACCAUGGAAAUGAGAAAAUAAGCAAAACAAAAACUCUGAACAUGCAGCAAACUUUUUGGCAGGUUUCUCUGCCAUCAUUGCAUGGCUAAAUGUCAUCAAACGUGAUGUAAAAGAGGGGUUGUAGAGCAAUCUCUUGCAGGGAGGGGAGGGGGUGGAUAUGUUUUGUUAAACAAAUUAGUCAACUCAAUGUUAUGGCUAAUAUCCAAUUAUUACACAGUGCGGUUAUUGAGCACACCAACAGAGUGAUAUACAUGGAGGAUGAUGAUGUAGCCGCUGUUGUUAAUGGCAGUAAGUGAUCUGUCUGUAACUUUGCACUUUGAUUGUGCACUUAUCAGUAGUCACGUUAAUCGUUUUCUACCAAGCAUUAAUUGUUUAUUUAUGCAUGUGUGAUUUCAUUGAAAUGUCUCUUGCAGUUAAUCCUUUAUAUCAAUUUAUUUUGGUUUUUCUUUUGUUUGUAAUUCAUAUGCAUAUGCAAAUUACCAUACCCAAAAUCAAAGGGAAAUAACAAUUAACUGACUUAUGAAAUUAUAAACUGCCACAAAUCUUUCUGGGGAAUGAUGACUUUUUACUUUUGAUAGCUGAUAUAUCAAGGUUUCUCAGAUUUACGUGUGUAGCUUUAACAUUUAUCUCAUUUAAAGAUCUACUUUUGUACAUUUUUUAGAAAAUUAUUUUUGGGGUACAAUAACCUCCCAAUGUGUUGUUUUAAAUUUAUAGCUCUAACUUAAAAUGUCUAAGGUCCAUUGUCAGCACUAACUUUCACACACUGAAAUGUGAAUUUCCUAGUUAAAAUUUGACUUUUGAAUCACAGCUUAUUUUAAUGAGAAUUAUGUGUAUGGUUUUAAAAAUCAUAAGGCCAAUACCAAAAUGAAAACUCAACCAGUUUAUUUCUAUAUGACCAAGGCAAGUUGUGACGCUAUUUGAAUUAUAGUUCAGGCUGUGAACCACAAUAAAAUUUAUUUCUGCAAGGAAUGGCAAAACAAAACAGAUAGUUCUAGAUUACAAUCCUGAGCAGAAUUAAUGAAUUACCAAGAACGUACUUUAGAGCACAGGAAGUACUUAACGUGAACAAGUCCGAGUUCCUUAAGUGUUUAAGUAUGAGUACGUGAAUACUUUGAACUGUUGAAUUAAACUAUCUGCACUUCUUUUGUGGGGGAACAAAUGAUAGAAGGAAACUCUUACAGUUCUGAUGCAAGGGAAACAUGUGGUAGUGUGACAUAAGGGAAAUCCUUGAUGUGAAUCCUUUGUGGUAGAUUUUAAGGGUUGAAUAAUUUUUUAAAAAAGGGAAAAGUUGUCACCCAAGUGACCCAAAUACUGAUCACGGUCAUGUUUCUACAUUUUGUUUAGUUAAUAACUUUAUAUGAUUAGUUCAUAAUAAUUCACUCUAAUGGUUAGGAAGUUGUAUGAAAACUGAAUGUGAACUGCCAUAUGAGAGGGGCUUUGAAGACUUAUUCUCCCUAAAAUGACUUUACAGCUGUAGAAGGCAUUAGUAGAAUAUUUAAUCGUACUGUACAUGCAAAUUGUCAUACAGUGUUUGAUAUUGAUCAACUCUUUGAAAUUUUUGUGGUUAAUAAGGUUUGUCUAUCCAUCGUGUCAAGCGUGGAGAUGCAUCAGAUGAAGAUUACUUCAGAGAAGUGCAAACACUGCAGAUGGAACUACAACAAAUCAUGAAAGGUAGAAAGAAAAAACACAGUGUAUAAUAAUAUUAUAUAGCUGGGUUAACACUUGGGAUUUCCCACUCAAGGGAAUGCCAAUGCACCCUGUUGAAUACUCACAUGUAUCUGGGUAUGUAUGGCCAAACAGGGUCAUGACUGUGGGAGUCCUGUGCCUGAUUUUUUAAAAGGAGGAUUAAGGUAACCAAGGAUACUAGCGUAAAAUUCCAGUACAAAUCUGAAUGUUUACAAAGCACGUUCUUGUGCUUAUAAUAUUGGAAGUUUUACCCUCUAAAGUGAUGUGUCAAAAUGAACAGAAAUUAAACAAAAAACAUUUUGAACAACAACAAAAAAAACAGGGAUGAAAAUUUAACGCGGAGUUUGCAUUAAUCAGCCUUCAUAAAUUUUGGCCUUGGGUCUAGAACAUGGGGUGUCCAUUUAAUCACAAAUUUAUUAGAAUUUGUACUUAAGGUUAGUAAAAUUGAAAUUAUAAUGGCUAAUAUUUGUGAUCAUUGUAGGAAAUUUCAGCUCUUUUAUGCAGAAAGAGAUCUUUGAACAGCCAGAAAGUGUUGUGAAUACUAUGAGAGGCAGAGUACAAUUGGAAACAGGAAAUGGUGAGGAAUUUCUUUCCCAACUGAGCAACUUCUUUAAUUUUCAGUUAGUUUCAGCAAUUAGCCUUUGAGUGAGAUAAAAAUAGCCAGAUAAAGUCAUAGACUGAGUUUGAAAACUGGAACGUUUUAUUAAUAGCACCCUGAUGUACAUGUGCAUAUAUAUACAAUCCAAACAUUAAUCUCGUAAGAUAAUUUUUUUUUAUUGGAAGUAACAAAGGAGUUAAUAAAAAAAAUAUUAUUUUUACAAUUGUCAGUUCAACAAUAAUAAUAAUAAUUAAUUAUUUUUAUUACCUCCAAUAAAGAAAAAAAUGUCCUACAAAUUAUUAUCAUUAUCAUUAUUAUUAUUAUUAUUAUUAUUAUUAUUAUUAUUAUUAUUAUUAUUAUUAUUAUUAUUAUUAUUAUCAUUAUCAUUAUCAUCAUGUAAUGGCAUCAUAUUAUGUAAGUGAAGUGAAUAGUACUGUUGGUGUUGGUGGUGGAACAAAUAAAGAAGCCUUGACUGUGCUCUGUUCUGUUGUAAAGCAUGGCAUGAAGCAGCUAGUAUAGAGCAUGAAAGAAGUGUAGGGGGAAACACGAGAGUAGUGCUCUAGCUGCUUCCUCAGCAUGUUCUACACUCUUUAAUAAAACACACUUAGUUGUCCAAUCACAAUUAUCCUUUUUAGAAUGGCCAAAUGAUUUGAUUGGUUGAAUAAGGCAAAAGCUGUCAAAGCUGUCAAAACAUCAAAGCUAUCAAAUGAAACAAGGGAAACAUUCUGUGAAUUUGAAUGUAGGAGAAAUAUACUUUUUAUGUCCCAAAAUCAGUUUCUAAAGGUAAAAAGUAAAACUAGCCAAAUUGUGGCUCACGAAAACCUGGACGUCAUUAACACGACAAUAAUUAGAAAACAAACUGCUUUAGCUUCAUAUCGUAAAGUAUCCAAAAAGUGAACCUGAAUGUAAAACCAGAAGCCUUCCUUGUCCACAAAAGAAAACUUAGCUUUUUUUAAACUUUCCCUUUCCAUUUGUCUUUUGACGGUGUAUUUUUAACCCUGAAAUGCAAAACUUUGGUCUUGAAAACCACUGCGGCAUGGUGUGAUUCACAGAUGGUAUGACAGCUUUAGCUCCAUGUUUUAUACCCUCGUAAAGCGUUCUUUUUUUUCUGUUUUAACAUGUACUGGAUAUAGUAAUUUGGCACGUUCACAUUAAAUUUUUUAACAAGUCUUGUACUCAUCCGUGUAAUGUGGAUAAAUAAAAUACCUACUUACCUACCUCUACCAAAUCAGAGUGUGCAUUAUAUACCUGAACUUUAUUAUAAAUAGGAAUGAGAUAUUAUUCUGACCAUGAUGCAAACUGUUCAUAGAGAGAAUCCAUGUAGAGUUUAUCCUUUUUUGUACACAUACUGAUUUAAUUGUACCAAUUGAAUUUUUCUUGCAUUUUUACAAAUAAAAUGAAUAAUUUUAGUAUUUCACGGUUGGUGUGGAAAGGAUUCUCUUUUGUUCUGAUUUCCAUGAUUCAACCUUUCUGUAAUCUUUGCAGUUCGACUUGGUGGUCUGAUGUCCCACAUUGACACCAUUCGCCGAUGUCGCAGAAUACUGAUGAUUGCUUGUGGAACAAGCUAUCACAGUGCAUUAGCUGUAAGUGUUAGUAAUAAUAUUUUAACAUUUUGAUAAAACAUAGGUUUAUAGGAGUAACUUUUAGUCUGAAAAAAUGCCAAAAUCCAAAAAUGCCUUGUUCUAUCAGUAUUAAGAAAUCAUUUGAUCUUAUUACAAAUAUGUCAUAAAAUUUAAUUUUUUUUCGUAAAUCUUCAAAUCGUGUCUGCAGCUGUAAGGAUUUAUUAGUAUAAUAAAUUUAUUUGUCUGUAGAAUUAGAAAAAGAAAUAAUGUUUAUUAUUUUAGAAAUAUGAUAUAGAAAUGAAUGUGAUGAUUUAUAAUCUAUUUCUUAGGGAAAUCUAUAUUAAUCCAGGGCUGUGAUCCAGCAGUGCCAUGUUGCCCAUGGAGAUAUUGUAGUUAAUUUUUUUAUUUCCCAUAAUUUUUUGGUUUUUCCUAUGUUUCAAAUUCACUCACCCAAAAACAAAGGAAAAACAAAAAUUAACUGAAAUAAAAAAUUAACUGCAGAGAUGACAUCCAUGUACUUUUCCUUUGGGCAAAUAAUUAUUAGAAACCAUUACGUAGCCUUUUCGCUAAACAGUUAGGCACCUGCAUUCAUGUAUGUAUAGCUUUUGGCCUUCAUAGAAGAUAUUAUUUUUCUUUAAUUAGAGCUCUGCCUUGUUAAAUUAAUUAAAAACAUUUUUAACUGUUUGAUGACAGACAAGACAGUUGAUGGAAGAGCUGACAGAAUUACCAGUGAUGGUGGAAUUAGCAAGUGAUUUUCUUGAUCGGUCGACACCAGUCUUCCGAGAUGAUGUGUGUUUUUUCAUCAGUCAGUCAGGUAUGUAUUUUAAUCCAUCUGCACAGUCCUGUUUCCCAUAUUUUCUUCUGGAGAUAUAGAGAAUAUUUUCUUUCGCUGUCAAGACCAAGUUAUGCACAUUUGUAUUACUGUUUUGUUAUUGUCAUCAUCAUUAUCAAUAAAUAUUGUUGUAUUCCCUUUUUUGUAGGAGAGACUGCAGACACUCUGAAUGCAUUACGUUAUUGCAAGGACAGAGGAGCACUCAUUGUGGGCGUUACAAAUACUGGUACUUUAAUUUUACAAUUAGAAAAACCGUCUCCAUUACAAGUGCUUUAUGAGCCAAGUAAGGCAUAUGGGGCAUGAGCUUAUCUUGAGCGAAAUGCCCUGUUCACCUUGUUGGGCCAUGAAGCACCCGCAGUUAUGCAAGCUAUCCAUGUUGUUUGCAUCAUUCCCUCAGCAAAAGCUCACAGGCAAGGCCAACAGGCCUGUAUUGUGUUAUUAGAAUAUUGCACAAAGUGCCCACCUUUUUUUAUGGAGUGCAUUGUUCAGAUUUAAUUUAUAAUGAAUUAUAUUCUGCUUCUGAAGGGCAUAACAUGUAUAAAAGGUGCUAUGUGACAAGGAUAUUACUGUUUUAGGUCAAUUCUGUGCUGAAGUCAUUACUUGCCUUCACCCGUACACAAAAAUAUGCUACUGUAGAGUUAUGCUGAAGAUAUCCAACAAAUUUCAUCAGGGAGCACAAACCAUAAUUAUUUCUUUGGUGAUUUUUGCAGGUGUUGCAUUAAAACUUGAAAACGUUGACUCAACUUUUUCAAGUUUUAAUUCAUUUCCGUCCUUGCCAUUGGUUGCCACUGCAUGAUGACAGGAAAUGGUUUCAGUGCCUAACCAAACUGUACCAUUAUUUUUGAAUUCAAUUGAUGCAAAAGAAGUUUUAGUUUUUUGAAAAGAUAGGAAAUUAAUAGUGUGACGUAACCCCUUUUAUUUCAUAUUAUUCAUUGAUUUCUAGUUGGAAGUUCAAUAUCAAGGGAGAGUAUGUGUGGAUGCCACAUCAACGCUGGACCUGAGAUUGGAGUUGCAAGUACUAAGGUAGAGUGAUAGUUAUUAUGCGCUACUUGCAGCUGUGGUAGCUCAUAUAAUCUCUUCAAGAAGUGUGGUUUUUCGUUGGCUGAGGAACAAAAGAAGCAGAAAACUUUUUUUUCACACACGGCUGGGAGCAUGGGUUUAAGUGUGCAGGGGUCUUCAGCUCACAUGGCGUUUUAAAGUUCAGUUGUUUUUGUUGCCAUCCACCACUGCCUGACCUGCCCUGCCCACCUGCCCUUUUACAAGUUAAAGUAGUGCCAUAGUUCUGUUUGUUCUUGUAUCUAGUCUCAGUUUCUUAUCAGCUGUUUAUUAGCUCUUUUCAUGCUGUAAUCAGGCUGCAUGGUCAGCUUGGUAUGGCUCCCAGUUGUGUGUGAGAAGGUGGUCUUUUGUUAUCCUUUCUGUUAGCAGCCUGGGUUAAGUUUCUCGAAAGUCUUGGUGAUUAAUGGGCCCAGAAAGUAAGCAUUGUUUACAUUCAAAAUAAUUUAAUAGUUUUUCUGUUAAUAAUAAUGAUGAAAUUAUCAGUUUAGAAAACAUAGUGGACCAGCUUGUUGGUCAUAAUAGGACCUGCUUUGAUUUGAAUAUUUUAUAAUGGCCCUGAAAAGUUACUGCACCCUUAGAGAAAUGGCCCCUGGUCCUCUAGUAAGAGAGCCAAUCAGGCCCCAGCUGUUCAAAAGGUGAAUAGCGCCAUUUGAUGGAUAAAUCUUAGUCCGCUGACUAAUGCAAUUGGUUACCCAAAUACUUAUCCACUGGAUAUCUGGUGGAUAGCGCUACAAUCAACUCCCUUUACAGCGAACACUGUAGGAACCUUGAGUUUACAGUAGGCUCAUUAGCGAGAGUCUGUUAUAGUGGAAGUUUAUUUCAGUCAAACAACUAUAAUUUAUUUUUGGCUGGGAUUUAGCUGCUGUCGGUACUAUCAGGGUGUCCGUUAUAGCUGGGUGUCCUCAAGGGAAGAGUUGACUGUAUCCAGCUUUUGAACUACUGGGGCCAGAUGAGCAAAACGUUCCCAUGUCCAUGUUCAGGACACGUCACUUAAUGAUGUUUCACCCCAUUGUUUUAAUCAAUUGAUACAAAACCAGGUGGUUGGCAUGUCCAUACAAGAGCCACCUUAAUUUAUUUUGCCACCUAUUUCCAAUAAGUAUUGCUGCUGAACAGGAGGUUUGACUUCUAACUUUAAAUUUUUUGUUUUGUUGAAUGUUAGGCUUACACCAGUCAGUUUUUGGCUCUUACUAUGUUUGCACUAAUGAUGUCAGAGGACAGAAUUUCAAUGCAGGAAAGAAGGAAUCAGAUUAUUAAGGAAAUGAAGCGUCUGCCAGGUAAGUAAUAAAUGUACAGUGGAACCCCAUUACUAACAAACAGGCCAUAAGAAUUUGACUUUAUUAGUGGGGUAGCUUGUAUUAUGAGUAAAGGUUAGAUAGAACAAUCCUCAUACUAAGUCAUUGAGUGAAUCUUGAAAAUGUGUGGAAUGAAUGUCACUGAAUAACUGAACAGAAUAAAAUAACUUACAGAUUAUGACCAUUUUCCCUGAAUUUCAGAGGUUGUUGUUUUUUCUUCAUGAAUGUCUCAUGUUUGUAUGUCUUCCAGUCAGGUUCCCAGGGGUAUGAAAAAUUAUUGUUUUCUCUACAGAAUAUGUGGAACCUUAGCUUGAUAAAUAUAAUGAACCUCUAUAUGAUAGAGUCCUCGGAACUAUAAUGAAUGAUUUUCUUUACCCCAGUAUAGUAGAAUGUAUGGAAAUGAACCUUAAUUUAAUAAAACCUUGUUAUAUAUAGUGAACAAAUUUUGUUGGCCCUUGGUUAUAUCAAGUUUCCACUGUAGUAAAAAUUGAAAAAGGAAAAAGGAUAGUUUAAAGCCAAAAACCUACAGACCUGUAUGUGGGGUUUUGGACUUGAAAAAGGAGAAUAUUGGAUUAAAUUUGUUAAUUAAAUCUUGUAAUUUGUCAACAGAUCUCAUCAAAGAAGUGCUUACUCUUGAUGAACAGAUCCAGGCUUUGGCACAAGAGUUGUAUCAACAGAAAAGCCUACUGGUCAUGGGUAGAGGAUUUCAGUUUGCUACUUGUCUUGAAGGCGCUUUGGUAAUUAUUAUUAAUACAACUGUUCAGGGUUCUCAAUAGGAGUUGAAGUAGGCCGUGACAAACUGAGGGGCCGUAAACUAGGGAGGGAAAAGCAGUAAAUAGAAUGCAAAGUAAGUGGCUACAAAUUCCAAAGUAGGCUGUGAUCAAUCGCCGGGUGCCUGCUUCUAUUGAGAACCCUGACUGUUUACAAUAUAACAUUCUGUGACAGCAAAUCUUCUAUCUGGGCACUGAUUGGGUAGACUAACUAGAAAAUAUAGUAUAUUUUGCUUCUUAAAACUACAGGCUGAAACAUUGUGAACGUCACAUAAUACUAUAAUAAUGUUCAAAGUUAUUCACCACUUCUACAGUACAAAUUUUCUAUAAAGUUAAGACUCUAACUUCUACAUAACAAACAAUCCUUGCAUGCUUUGUGUUAACCAACACAGUAACAAGAGUAAGAUUUCGAAGCUCAGUGAGAAGUGUGAUUAGCAUCAACUUCUGUUUGUUUCACUUUACAGAAUUGAGACUUGGAACUUAAUUGAUAAAAUAAUUUUUUUCUUAAUUUUUUUUUAUUGUGAAUUUUCAUCUGCACCUUUUGUCCAGCUAGUAACAAACUUUCCCACUAAUUGAUUUGUUUGUGUUCACAGAAAAUCAAGGAGUUAACUUACAUGCAUUCAGAAGGGAUCCUAGCAGGAGAAUUAAAACAUGGUCCUCUGGCGUUGGUCGAUAAAGCUAUGCCUGUGAUUAUGCUAGUGUCAAGAGAUGCUGUGUUUACGGUGUGUAUUUUUAAAAUAUUCAUACUCUUCCUAAUAGGAAUGACUGUAUUGUUGUUGUCUUUUGUAGUUUUCAAGUGGUUAAUUAACUCUAUUUUUUAUUCUCUUUUAGAAAUGCAUGAAUGCCUUACAACAGGUCACUGCACGUCAGGUAAUAAUUUAUAUGACAUUAAAUUCAUAGAAUCACUUUUUGAGAUGGGGUUUGACCUCUUGUAUUUGGCUCUUGACAGAACUUUGCCACUGGCCAACUUAAUUAAGUUAGCAUGCCUCCUUCCCCUUCCCCUCCCCUUCCUCCUUCCUGACAAGUAUCUCUAUUCUUAUCCUAAUCUUGUAUAGCCUAAUAGGCCAUUUGCACUAAGAGGUCAUGUGACAUUGUUUUUAUGAAAAUGAAAGUUAUAUGAUUUUGCCUUCGAAAAACGAUUAGUGGGUCAUAUCGUAAACAAAAUAAUAGUCAUUUGGUUUUUCAAACCCGCACCAUUUUCUUAAAAUGAAUAAGUUCGUAAAUGGUCACGUGACCAAAAUGUGAUUUUUAAAAUUAUGAAUUACCCCUCUCUGAACACAAAUUUUGCACUUAAACUUCAAGGAAAAUGUUGAAAAGAUGAUGUGAUAACGUUUACAGCACAUCUGAGGGUAACUAUGAAACGUUGAACAAGAUAUAAGCAAGAAGUAGUUUUGGCCGCCAUAUUGGAGGGCAAAAGCAUGCCCUCCAGCAUGGCGGCCAAUACAAAUCACUGAUGAAACGACUUUUUAGUUUCACGGUAUUUUAUAGAGGGAAUUUACGCAAAGGAGAGUUUAAAGCCCACAUUCUAUUAAAAACACACGAGAUUGUUAAAAACCGUAGUCGUUCUAAGGUUGAGUAACAAUAAAGGAAGCAUUGGUCACAUGACCUCUUAGUGCAAGUGGCCUAUUGGUUGUAUUGGGUGCUAGCCUUCAGACUUAAAUUCACAGAUGGACUAACAUCAAGAUCUCUACCCUUUCACACCCAGGAGUGGCCAUUAGUCAAAAUUACCUAAUCUUCAUGUUGUAUUUAAUGCUAAAAAACAGAAAAGACCAUGUGAAAGAACUGUGUAAGAGGUUUCAUUUGAAUGGUCACAAUGCAGGAUUUUAUUCCUCUUUUUUUAUCACUCACUUUUUUUUUCUCCUUUUUUAGUUUUUGUAAAAAUAGUUUUUUGUUUUAAUGCAAGAUAAAUUUUAGUAAAUUAACCAAUAAUAAUUAUUGGUUAAUUUAUUAUUAUUUCUACUUAUAAAUUAUACAAGAAAUAUAAGUGCAUAUGGUGCUUAUUCAAAGAUUUAGGUGGUGAUAUAAAGGCUAAUGAAAUACUCAGUUAUGAGAUACCAUUAUUCUACUUUUAAAUGGUCAACAGGGCAGGCCCAUCAUUAUCUGCAACAAAGGAGAUGAGGAAGUCAAAUCACAUGCAUUCCGCACCCUUGAAGUUCCCAAUACUGUUGACUGCCUCCAGGGAAUACUCUCCGUUAUUCCCCUACAACUUCUUUCCUUCCACAUUGCUGUGCUCCGAGGAUAUGACGUAAGUGAAAAGAAAAAAGUA